AUGUAAAAAAUGGAGUCACCACGACCAGAUUAGGCCACAGUGAGGACUGAGAUGAUGUUGUAAGGCACCAGCACAGAGCUGACCUACAGUUACAGCUCAAUCGUGGUGGGAGGGAGUAAUUAUCCAUUCAGAAAAGGGGAAACUUUCCGCUGCGCCUCCUGUGGGUGUUUUCUUUGGCUCCCGGAGGUGCGCGGUAUCGGGUCCGUUUUUAAGUCACAGUCACCACAGCAGGCACCAUGGCAGUGGAUGUGGCAGAAUACCAUCUGAGCGUCAUCAAGAGCCCCCCUGGCUGGGAGGUGGGUGUCUAUGCUGCAGGGGCCCUGGCCCUGCUGGGAAUCGCAGCUGUGAGCCUGUGGAAGCUCUGGACGUCGGGGAGCUUCCCCAGCCCCUCUCCGUUCCCCAAUUACGACUACAGGUACCUUCAGCAGAAGUACGGCGAGAGCUGCGCAGAGGCCAGGCAGAAGAGAGUGCCUGCCUGGAAUGCCCAGCGGGCCAGCACGCAGGGACCAUCCAGCCGCAAAGGCAGUCUCAGCAUUGAGGACACUUUUGAGAGCAUCAGUGAGCUGGGGCCUCUGGAGCUAAUGGGCCGGGAGUUGGACCUGGCCCACUGUGGGACCCUCCGGAAGUCCCAGUCGGCCGACUCCCUGAACUCCAUCUCCUCCGUGAGCAACACCUUUGGACAGGACUUCACCCUGGGCCAGGUGGAGGUGGGCAUGGAGUACGAUGCUGCCUCCCACACCCUGCACGUGGCGGUGCUGCAGGGCAAGGACCUCCUGGAGCAGGAGGAGGCCAGCUUCGAGUCCUGCUUCAUGCGCGUCAGCCUGCUGCCCGACGAGCAGAUCGUGGGCAUUUCCCGGAUCCAGAGGAAUGCCUACUCCAUCUUCUUUGAUGAGAAGUUCUCCAUCCCCCUGGAUCCCACAGCCCUGGAGGAGAAGAGCCUGAGGUUUUCUGUAUUUGGCAUCGAUGAGGAUGAGCGCAACGUCAGCACAGGGGUGGUGGAGCUGAAGCUUUCUGUGCUUGACCUCCUGCUGCAGCCCUUCAGCGGCUGGCUCUAUUUACAGGACCAGAACAAGGCCGCCGAUGCUGUGGGGGAGAUCCUGCUCUCCCUCAGCUACCUCCCCACAGCUGAGCGCCUCACCGUGGUCGUGGUUAAGGCCAAGAACCUUAUCUGGACCAACGACAAGACCACAGCGGACCCCUUCGUCAAGGUAUACCUGCUGCAGGAUGGGAGGAAGAUGAGCAAAAAGAAGACAGCCGUGAAGAGGGAUGACCCCAACCCGGUGUUCAACGAAGCCAUGAUCUUCUCGGUGCCAGCCAUUGUGCUCCAGGACCUGUCUCUCCGUGUGACGGUGGCUGAGAGCAGCAGCGACGGCCGUGGGGACAACGUGGGCCAUGUCAUCAUUGGGCCGUCAGCCAGUGGCAUGGGAACCACACAUUGGAACCAGAUGUUGGCCACGCUGCGCAGGCCUGUGUCCAUGUGGCACGCUGUCCGGCGAAACUAGCAACCAGGGCGGGCCAGGUGGGCAAUGGAGCUACUGGAGCCUGGUACCCACUCGGCUCUGUCUGAUGCCCUCUCCAUAGCCCAGCUGGAGCCGUGAACACUGGGGUCCCCUGGUAGAGUCCUCAUAAGCCAUCCUGGUCUCUGUCCAGACUGCAGCAGAGGAGUGGGCGUGGCUCUGUGU